CAACCGAAGCGAUGUCUGUGGCGGGGUUGAAGAAGCAGUUCCACAAAGCCACCCAGAAAGUCAGUGAGAAGGUCGGAGGGGCGGAAGGAACCAAGUUAGAUGAUGACUUCAAAGAAAUGGAAAAGAAGGUGGACGUCACCAGCAGAGCAGUGCUGGACAUCAUGACGAAAACCACAGAAUACCUACAGCCUAAUCCAGCAUCCAGAGCCAAGCUGAGCAUGAUCAACACCAUGUCAAAGAUCCGCGGGCAGGAUAAGGGACCUGGUUACCCGCAGGCUGAGACCGUCCUGGGUGACGCUAUGUUGAGGUUUGGACGGGACUUAGGAGAGGAGUCCAGCUUCGGCCUGGCGCUGAUGGAUGCCGGCGAGGCCAUGAAGGAGCUCGGGGAGGUGAAGGACGCUCUGGACAUGGAGGUCAAACAGAACUUCAUUGACCCGCUGCAGAACCUCCACGACAAAGACCUCAAAGAGAUACAGCACCAUUUGAAGAAGAUGGAAGGCCGCCGUCUGGACUUUGACUACAAGAAGAAGCGUCAGGGGAAAGUCCAGGACGACGAAAUCAAACAGGCGCUAGAGAAGUUUGACGAGAGCAAAGAGAUCGCAGAGCAGAGCAUGUUUAACCUGCUGGAGAGUGAUAUAGAGCAGGUGAGCCAGCUGGCAGCACUGGUCCAAGCUCAGCUGGAGUACCACAGCCGCGCUGCUGAAAUCCUCCAACAGCUCUCCAGCAAGAUGGAGGACAGGAUAAAAGAAGUGUCCAGUAAACCGAGGAAGGAGUACGCUCCCAAACCCCGAAUGACCCUGGAGCUUCUGCCCCCCAGUGAGAGCCACAACGGGGGGAUACACUCUGCCAAAUCCCCCGGAAGAUCACCAGCCCCCAUGGACCAGCCCUGCUGCCGAGCACUCUACGACUUCGAGCCGGAGAACGAAGGCGAGCUGGGCUUCAAAGAGGGCGACGUCAUCACCCUGACCAACCAGAUUGACGACAACUGGUACGAGGGCAUGAUCAACGGCCAGUCGGGCUUCUUCCCCAUCAACUAUGUGGAUAUCCUGGUGCCGCUUCCUCAUUAG